CACUUCUCGUGUUGUGUUUUUGCAGCUGGCGCUUGAACCCCGCGGUUUACAAAAACUGUUUUAAAGCUUAGCUAGCUAGCAAAACAUCGAUGCUACACUUUCCCCCGGACGUGUCCUCAACAUUUUAAAAUCAACCGUGACCCUUUCGACUCAGUAUUAAGGUCGCCGAAACGCAACUGUUUGAAGCGCCACCAGCAGAUAGAAUGCUAACUUGGCUAAGAUAAUAACAGGGGACAUCGUUUCCUUGUCGACUGUCGUCAACAAACCACGGCGUCCAUUAUAUGCUUAAGAAUUUAGCCUCGCUUGGUGCUUGCUGGAGAGCAUGUACACAACAAUGUCACUGGCCAGCGAAGCUCAUUUUGAUGCCACAGGGAGCUUGGUGGAUAAAAGAGCGACUAUUUGUGUUGUACCUGAUCUUUCCUCCGACCUCCUGGAGGACGAGUUUGACAUGAACAGGUCUUACCCUUGUGCACGGAAAUCAUUGCAGAAAAGAAACUUGCUGGAAUUGCACCGACGUUAUUACUGUGAAUCUUCCUCAGCAAGAAAGCAUCCUGACUCGGACACCUCUCUUGACGUAGUACCACGCCUGCCCACAAUGUCGGAAUCAGAAGACAAUCUUUUUGAUCGUCUUAUCUCGACAAAUUGUGGGCUGCCCGGCCCUCCAUUGGCCGUCAACCCAAAUAAAGUGCUUCUGACUGUAGAUUGUAAAAGCAGAGAGAUAAUAUCAUGUAAUGAUGAAGCUUCCAAAUUGUUUUCAUGCACCCCUGAUGAGUUGUGUGGAAAAAAGCUGAUGUGCAUUUUGAAGAAAACCACACAGGUCUUGGAAGAGGCGUUGCCUGAGGACUAUCUGCUUAAGGAUGGCAGUGUUGCAUCCAGUUUGGGGAAAGUGGUUGAUGUUGUGACAAUGUUUGGUGAAGUUCCAAUGUUGGUGUGCACCCACAGGGAGUCACAAAAUGGAGAAGAACAUAUCCUUGUCAAGAUGGAGAACGUGCAACGGAUUUCCGCCUCUCUGACGUUUUCGCAAGAUGGCAGUAUUCUUACCUGUGACUCAGCAUUUGCUCAUCUCCAUGGUUACCACCAUCCUGAGGACUUAAAAGGACUUUCUGUUAUGGAGCUAAUCCCCUCUUUACAAAUCCCCCUGCACUGUCAAGCAUUGCCUAAAAUGCUGAGGGUUCAGAGAGUGUGUGGUAAAAGUAGAGAAGGUGCAUCAGUGCCACUGUGUGUUAAGCUUCAGGGGGCGGUAGAGUGCGCGAGACCCCAGCAACAACAUUCUUCGGAGAGUUUUGCUGGAGAAGAUGCAUGCAUCAAGGGAGACAGCAGAGUUAUCUCCCCCAGCCCCACUUUGGAGUACAACGGAACAGUCUGGGCGUUCGCCCCACUGAGCGGCCUCCUCCUCCUGCGAGCUGAUGGUUCAAUCUGCAGCAUCAACAAUCAACAGGCUCUCAGUCUGUUUGGGUACAGCAAAAACGAGCUGCUCGGAAAGUGUGUCACUUUCCUCAUGCCCGGUUUCUAUGGAUGGGUGUCCGAUUCGAUCAGAAAGAGCAGUUCAUUCCAAGGGACUCAAGCUGAGGCUGCUAAAAGUACAGCAAAAUCUGAUGCGGACCCUUCUUCUUUGGUGGCUGGAGACAUGGCAAUGGUACACGAGGCCUGCCGGAGGAGAUCCUCCACAGGAAGAGGCAGGAUCUUCACUGGGAACUGUACCAAGCUGGACAAACAAGGAAGUGCUUUGUUGACUCUGUCCCCUCCUGCUGUCUCCUCCACACGUGUGGUGAAUGCGAAUGACACCCAAGAACUGUUGGAGCAGGCGGCCCAGGUAGCUGCCACCAUUAGUAGCCACUCCUCAGACAUGGGUGAAAGAACUGAGGCUCUCCUGAAGACUUUUGCCUGGGUGGAGCGUCCAGAGGGAGAUGCCACCUGUGUAAUUUCCACUGAGCAACUGGGAUCGAAAUAUGAACAGGCGCUUCUUGAAAAUGAUAUCGAUGCAGGCACAAAGAAUGGACAUGCUUUUGGGGCCAAAGACAAAUGCAUAUCUACAACAUCAGUCCUGCAAGACUCCAGCUUUGAGGUCAUUUCAAUUGAGAGCAGAUCUUCCUCCGGCUUUUGUGAAAGGAUUGCUGGCCAGGGUGGUUCUGAUCCAUGUCGGGCUGAGGUCAGCUGUUUCCUGGACGUUAACAGCAACGGCGAUCUGGUGACUCGAGCCCUGGCUGAUCUAGAUCUGAGCAGCGCUGUUGUUGUCAGCGUCCGAGCGGGCAGCGAUGAAAACCAGAACUCCAUGACGUCCUGCGAUACGGCCGAGCUGCUACGCACACCCUCCCCCUGCGACCUCGACCCAGAAGAUCGGCCUGCCAGCCCUGAUAAAGAGACCAAAUAUCGCUCCACUGAAGAGCAGUCAGAGAACCAUAUGGAUCAAUGGCCUGCUCUUUCUUCCAUUCACAAAGAAAGCGGCCAGGAAUUUUGCAUACCUGGCAGUAAUGAAGUUCAAUCCACUGAUGACCUUCCUGCUACAUCAACACCAAAGAAACAGAAGAUGAUAGAGCUUGCACUCAAGUCAGACAUGCCCCGGUUACUGGAAGGACGUUUUGAAGGAAGUGCUUACCACAGAGACGGCACAAGAGUUGAGGUGCAGUGCGACAUUGUCCGGGCUGAUCUUCCCGAUGGAACCCGAAUGUACUGCGUGUGGGUGAGCAAGCCAGGCCAACAUUGGUCAGUUUCACAAAGCGAUCGAUCCCUUGACAAAUCAACAGCCAGUCUUGGAGAGAGGAUCGGAGAGGUGUGUCAUGGUGAGGCGCUGCGCUCCACCUUGGACCUCGAAAAUUCUCGGGCAUGCGAUGGGCAGUUUGAAGAAGAGUACAAGCCUAUUAAAGCUGUCGGGAAAGGAGCUUUUGGAUUUGUCUGGAGGGCAAUACGGCGCUGUGACGGGCAGGAAGUCAUUGUGAAGUUUAUCAGCAAGGCGAGGAUCAUCAGUGACUGCUGGGUAGAUGACCCUAUGUUGGGUCGAGUCAGUCAGGAGAUCGCCAUCCUGACUCGAGUGCAGCACCACAACAUCGUCAAGGUGCUGGAGGUGUUUGAAAACGGCAGUUACUUUCAGAUGGUGAUGGAGAAACACGGAGAUGGUUUGGACCUUUUUGAAUUCAUUGACAUGCAGCCGCAGCUGGAUGAGCCCUUGGCGAGCUACAUCUUUCGACAGCUUGUCGCAGCGAUCUUUUACUUGAGGUCAAAGAACAUCUUGCAUCGAGACAUUAAAGACGAGAACAUCAUCAUUGACAAGUGUUUCCACAUUCGCCUCAUCGACUUCGGGUCUGCGACAAUGAUGGCUCCAGGGAAGCUUUUUUACAAUUUCUGCGGUACAUUGGAGUACUGCUCCCCUGAGGUACUCCAAGGAAACCCCUACGAGGGUCCGGACUUGGAGAUGUGGUCUCUUGGGGUUUUGCUCUACACAUUGCUGUUCAGUGAAAACCCCUUUAGUGGGGUAGCUGAAAUCCUGGAAGCCAAGAUCAAUCCCCCUUUUCCCCUCUCCUCAGAAUUACACACUUUGUUGUGUGGGCUGCUGCACCCUAAGCCCACCCAAAGGAUGACACUGGACCAGCUGCUUUUGCAGUCCUGGAUUACCCAGCCCAUUUCGCUGGCCGAAUACACUUGGACGGAGGUGUUCCCCGAAACGCAAAACAAUUGCUCACCUCAGCACCAAUAUGCCAGUCCCCAAAGAUAUGCAGGACAAGACUUGUUCCCAGAUGAAGGUGAUGACACUCUCCCAGAUGAAGAGGAUGACGAAGAACGCUUGUCCAUGGUGGCCUUGGAAUCAGAGCUGCAGAAGUAUCUCAAUGAAAACUAGAGACUAGAGUUCAUCCAACAUUUGUUUUGUCCGAAGUACAACUGCCACAAUGGUAAAACGAAUCUUCUGGAGCAACAUUUGAUUUUAUCCUUUAAUUCAACCUGUUUUUAUUUAUUGUUUUAGGUCAUUUAUUUUUUAAAACAUUUAAUUUUAGCAGUAUCGCACAAGAGUUUACUUGAAUAAAUUCAGCCCUAGAUGGCUUUGUCUUUCACCAACUUGAUUUUAACACUAAAUGAAAUAUAACAUAUUUAUAUUUAUUUUUAUAAAUUAAUGCAUAUAUACCUUAAUUUUCUGUGUUUUCUUCGUGAUGUAUGAAAUGCAAUUUUAGAAAUUAAGUGGCAUUGUAGCAACAACUUGGAACGCUCGUGUAUGUCAU